CCCCCACUAUGCCUGACAGUUUCGACACUUGGCAAAGACAAAGAGCGAGAGACCACGGGGAGGAGAAAGAGGAGGGAGCGAUGGAAAGGGUUAUGUGAAAUCCGAGUGCCCAGGACCUCACUCCCCUCUCUCCAGCUCAGAGCUUCCUCAACCCCUGCCCCCCACACCCACACACCCGUUUACCCACCCACCGGACCAGUCCACGAAACUCUCCAUGCCUCCGACCACGUGGGAAAAGUGCUGAGCUUGGAGUCAUGAGAUCUGAGUUUGAAUCCUGUCUCUAUUUGCUACCUUGUGGUCUUAAAUGACAGCUGGGUCCCUGUGAUUCAAGCAAGCCCCGGCCCUUUCACCUGCGCCUUUGAUUGGCACCCAGGAUUCAGUCCCAGGGAGGACAAACUUUUCUGAGGUGUGAGGGAAAGAAUCUUUCAUCUCACAGCAAGGUCCCUUCAUUGAUAUUCUCCACCUGAAGGCCAGCCAGACUCUGACACAGAUAUUAAUUGCCUCUCAAUCUGUUCGAACAGGGAAAGGAAAUUACUGUUAUUUGUUUUGAUUAAAGCCUCAAAGAGAGAAAUCAGUCGCUAUUUAGGAGGACUGAAGAAACAGAACCAGGAUUAUUUUAUUUUAAACACUAAAUGAUAAGAUAAAUGGAACAGAAACUCUCCACAUGAUACAGUUACAGUCUCCAGAAGAUUACAGAAGUUUCAGGAAACAAUGGAAGACUUCUCAAAGAGAUGAAUUUGUUUUUGGCCUUACACCUCCAGUAGAGAUAGCCUCUCUCUUCCUCCUCUGACCAGAUAAGGCCUCAUCUCAAUAUUUCAGCUGCUGGGAACCUCUUAAUCCAUUCCUGCCUGCUAAGACUCACCCCAGGGGAAAAAGAUGGCAGUGAUCAGGAAGAAAGGCCUGAAAGUGUUUACUUUUGUCCUCCUUCUGGUUUUUCUCACAUCCUUCUUCUUGAACUAUGCUCACACCACAAUUACCUACACCUGGUUCCCCAAUUUCUCAGAGCAUUUCAAAAGAUUCAUGAAGCACCCUGAAAGACCCUGUAGUUGCUCCCAGUGCAUCUCGGAGACUGGGUUUGUGCCCUGGUUCGAUGAGAGGUUUAAUCAUACAAUGCAGCCGUUGCUGAAUGCCCAGAAUGCUUUCUUGGAGAAUGACACCUAUAGAUGGUGGAUGAAACUCCAGAGGGAGAAGCUGCCCAGAAGACUAAAUGACACCUUGAAGGAGCUGUUCCGAAUUGUUCCCAGUGACGUCGACCCGUUCCUGGAGAAAGGGCCUCUAAUCUGCAGACGCUGCGCUGUCGUGGGCAACUCAGGAAACCUGAAGCAGUCCCAGUAUGGGAGAGACAUUGACAGCCAUGACUUUGUGCUGCGGAUGAACCGGGCCCCCACAGCAGGGUUUGAAGCUGACGUCGGGAGGAAGACCACUCACCACUUGGUGUACCCUGAGAGCUUCCGAGAGCUGGAGGAAAACGUCAGCAUGAUUCUGAUUCCCUUUAAGAUCAAGGACUUGCAGUGGGUGAUCAGCGCUAUGACCAAAGGCACCAUCAACUUCACAUAUGUCCCUGUUCCCCGAAAAAUACAUGUGAAGAGAGAAAAGAUUCUGAUCUACCACCCAGCAUUCAUGAAAUAUGUCUUUGACAAUUGGCUCCAGAACCACGGAAGGUACCCAUCCACUGGAAUUCUCUCUGUGAUUCUUUCCCUACACUUAUGUGACGAGGUGGAUCUCUACGGUUUUGGAGCUGACAGUAAAGGCAACUGGCAUCACUAUUGGGAGAAUAACCCUUCCGCUGGAGCUUUCCGAAAAACAGGUGUUCAUGACGGUGACUUUGAAUCCAACGUGACCACCACCCUAGCAUCCCUUAACAAAAUACGAAUCUUCAAGGGGAGAUGACCCCAGGACAGGCUAGAACCUGCAACGGAUCACUCUCUGCAAUUUCAGCCCCUGGCUCCUUCCUGCCUCCUUCUUCAGGGUCUGUGAGCCAGAAGAAUGUGACGGGCAUCUGGGGCCAUGAAUGGCAGCUAGACCAAUAGGCUGUACCUGUUUCACACUUUCUUUGAUUUCCUUUGGGACUACAAGACAAUCCUUGAGAAUCGGUAAUGGAUGGAAAAUCUCAGUGCUUGGGAUGGGGUGUGUGGAAAGUGGGGAGAAAUGGGCAGAUUCCAGGCAGGAGUAAAAUGGGUGCACACGAUGGCAAUACCUGCUUCUGGGAGGAAACACAGACCUUGUUUAGAGAUGUAACCAGAGGCAGUACAUUCCUGCUUUCCUGAAACAGAGCAAGGAUUUUCCAGUGAAGGAGGGAAGAGACUUUGUAGGAAGAUUCCAGAUGGACCAGGAUUGAGGAAAAAAUGCAACCAUAAUUAUUAUCAUAAUUUCUUAAAAUUUUAAUGAUUACCUCAUUGGUCUGCUUCAGUAUUCAUGGGAAAAGACUGGUUUCUUUUAAGUAUCUCACCGGCAGGCCCGGUGUCUGGCUUCUUGCUCUUUAAGAUCAAAAGGUCUUCACUGUGCACUCAUACACUGGCCCUCGAAGGGAAAAAAGGACCUCUGGUCGCAAAGCUUUUGUCAAAAUCAUUAUCAGAUACUUCUUUAAAUCAGCAUAGGAAAGAAUGGGAGGAUAUAAAAGUCUUUGGUGUAGACCUGGUUUCUCUUCCACCAUGUCUUUUCCAUUUUUUUUAAACAAAUAUUAUUUGGAAAGUUGGUGUUAAAGCAAAUGUUGUUUUGGAAAAAUAGGUGUUGGUUGAAAUCCUUCUCAACUUGGAGCAGACUGGACAUUUAAUUAUUCCAUGUGCCUUUCUAUUUUGGAAAGCAACCCAUAUUACUUUGCUAAAAUGAGGCAAGAGCCCCAUAUAUUGAACUCUUUGGGUCAAGAGAGGACUCAGACCAUGGAAAUGUGAACCUCACCAUGUCAGUGUUUGCCCUGUAUCCUCAAAAGUAAAUCACUUAUACUCUGCUGGGGGAAGAAGAGGGUGGUGAGGACAACAAUCAAGUUCUACCCCUACUGGGCCCAGGGCUACUCUGAAUAUCUUUUGUGUCUCAAAAGCCAGUUCCCAAAUUAGAGAGAGGAAAAUAAGUUUUAUUACUGCAAGAUGUGUUGACCAUUUAAAGUAUAUUUUUAAAAAAAACUAUCUGGCAUGGGGUACACAUGCCUUUUGAGGGAGUGUAUGGUACUUCAGGGCAGUCUAAGUGUUUGGGAUACAACCACAGGAUCCAAUUGUUUGAAUGGGGACGUGACACCUGGUUCCAACCAUGGUUUGUGCCACCUGAGGAGAUGUGACUGAUGGGAAGUGAUUGACAGUGUGGGAGAAGUCAUGCUUAUCCUUUAUCUCUGCUUCCUGCUUCUUCCUUCCUUCCCCAUUUGUGUUCUUUCUCAAUUAUUUAUUGAUUCUUAGAAAAUGAACUGAUGCUGUAUAUCUCGAUGUUCCAUCUUGGGCUUUAAUUAUCCCCACUGCAGCUUCGCCAGGAUGCUCGGGCUUCUAGCAACUUCCAGAAUUGCUUGUUUGAUUUGCAGACACAGUGCUUUGGGGCAUUUGUGGUUUUUCAAGGAUUCAUCCAGAGAAAUCACCUACUGAGUCAUUCAGUGCUCUCAGAUUGGUUUGGGCAAAGCUCUGUAGUCUGCGUGGCAGCAUUCCUCUUGGUUGACUAGGGCUUUGUUUCAGAUUGGGCAUAUGAAUACAUGUUCCAUUGGGACAUGACACCCUAGAGUUAGACCUUACCCUGUAAGAUUCCAUUCCUAAGAUUCCUACCGUGAAACUUCACGUCUCUACAUCAAUUGAGUGUGAUUCUAAUUCAGUCAAUCCAACAAGUGUGUUAGCAUUCACAGUGCACAGCCCCCUUCCUUGAAGAAGCUCAUAUUCUACUGAAGGACUCCAUUUAGAGAAAAAUAUUAGGUAACAGGAAUAUUGUGAGGGUAUUACAGGGGAAGGGAGUAUUGGAUGAGUUUUAUCUUCUAGUUAAUUGAGAGUCAAUAAACAUUUGCUGAGUUCCUUCUGUGUGCAGAGACAACAUUGUUUGAAGUGUUAGAAGAAAUCAAGCUUAGUCCCUGCCUUCAUGAAGUUUUGGUUUAGUAGGGGGAGUGGGUACCAAGGCAGAUGGCUAUAAUACACAGCAUUAUAUAAGUGCAUUAGAAAGUUGCAAAACAAAGAUCACUGGUGCUUCAGCCUUUAUGGAGAAUCCCAGAAUCUUGAAGCCAGAAGUCUUCAGAAUCCUGGGACCUCAGAGUCCAGCCUAUGCCUGAAACAUGAAUCCCCUCUAGGACAUUUCUGGCCAGGGAUCAUCCAAGCCCUGUUUGAACACAUCCGGUAACCAGUUCCUUCUGCAGUGGAUGAGUUCACUUUCUGGAUAGUCUUGAGACAGGCAAAAAUAGAGUGUGUUCCCUUGGAGGGGUGUGGGAGCAGUGAGCUGCCUGGCACUGGAGGUCUAAUUUAUAUAGUCUACAAGUGAAAUGCAUGGAAACUUCUCUCCAAAUUAAAGAUCAUACCUGUGGGUCAUCCCUGUGGUGACCCUCCUCUUACACCCAAAACCAUAGGUAGAGAUUCUUCUUAGAACACCCUCAACACAGUGCCCUGCACGCUGAUGGUGCUCAAUAUUUCUUCAUUGAUCUAGGUAGGAAAUUGUGCUAAAUAGGUCCCAAUGCAAGGAGGAUACACUUAAAAAAAAAGACUAAACUGAACAUUGGAAAUCAGCUUGGAGGGGAUCCUGGAACAAAGCAUAUUAAAGCCAAAAGGAAUCAACCUUCCCCCCCCCCCCCCGCCUUUUUUAAUAAGGAAACUGAAACCUCCAAGAGGUGAAUUAAUUCAUUCAAGGUCGCACAGCUAUUAAGUGUCACAGAGAAGGUUAGAACCUAGGAUUCUGUUAAUUCUUGAUUGAUUGUGUUUCAUACUCCUUGAAUUUGCUUGUUUUUCCUAAAUUCUGAGUGCAUCCCAUCCACUCACCUCCCAAAAUACAACCCCAAUAUAUUCACUGAGUCUUCUGGUCACCGGCAUUCUAAUUAAGAAGGUUUUCUUACAUUUGAAAAUCUAGCUGGCACAAAGAGGGCUCAAACCCCUUCCUAUAGAUAGAGAUGAGACUCCCUGGCACUUUUCUGUCGAUCAGGGAGACCAUUUCAACUCUGGCCCUGCUAGAUGGGGACCCCUCCUAACAAGCUGGUCCAAACAAGCCAGAGGUUCCAUUAGGUAGGGAUUAGGUAACCCAGGUUGCCAAUAACAUCUCAAGUAAGUGGACUUUUAUUCCAAUUAAUGGUAUUUGGAGUUUAAAAAGAACAGAUUCAAGUGUUAGGGACUUAGGGUUCCAGUGAUAAGCCAGGGUCAGGGUUACUCCCAGUACCACCCCAUCCAGCAUUACCCCUUCAGUGCCAUGUUAUGUCCAGAGAGAGAUCUUAGAGGAGACAGGUCAUCGUCUCUGUCCUCUGAGAGGCUAUUCAGAAGAUGGGAAAAGUUAGAAACUGACUGUGACCUGCUGUUGUAUAAUUUAACACCAUUUGUUGGCUUUUAAAGGGGAGAGGAGGGAAUUCUGACAUUCAGGAAGGGUUGAAGGGAACACCGGAUUUGGAGUCAGAGGACCUGUGUUCAAAUCCAGUGUGACCUUAAUUGAGUUACAUCAUCUCUGGCCUUCAGCUUCCUUCCCAAUAAAAUAAGGUCCCCUCCAUCUCUAUGACUGAUGACCUCAUUUAUCCCAUUGUAUCACGUUUAGUCACGAAUGGAGUGACUUCGAGAAAUGAAUGGAAAAUGUUUAAUGCAUCGGAGGUUGUAAUUUUUCUACCCUUAACAAAAGUUGGAUACCUUUCCCUUUCCAGAAGCCAACCCCAGGGGCUUGGACCUUCUGGUCAGUGAUAGAAAAAAGGAAACUUGCCCCAUCCAGCCAGCAUUUAUGAAGUGCCUACUGUAUACUAGGCACUGUGCUAAAUGCUGAAGGUGCAAAGAAAGGCAAAAACCAGCCCCUAUUGAUUAACUGAAACCCACCCCUACUGCUCAAGCUGGAGGCUGAGUGUUGUAGCAUUUGAGCCAAGACUGAUGGGUGUGGAUGGUACUGGGCGAGUGGCCGGCAGGCCAGAAACUCACUCUUACUUCUCAGCCCAGCCCAGGAAGCACCUGGACCAGCAUGGAACGAACUGCACUGCUCUCCCCUCACACAGUUGCUUAAGCACUUCUGGACCAGAUUCACUCUCAAAGCCAAAGUUUCUUAAGCACUUUUUAAAAAAUUUUUUAAAAAAAAAGUAUUUGCUGCACCUCUGGUUUUGUUUCAACUUUGUCUUGAUCUUUAUUUGCUUUGUCGCUAUGCAUUAGCUAUUGAUAAACAUUUUGAAUGAAGAGAGAGGAGUCUGAACAGCUCAGAUCUCAGCAAUAUUUUAUUUAUUGUUAAACAUUUUCAAUGAUUCAAUCAGAAUAAAUAAUAAAGAGCUAUUUUACUGCCUUUUAAUUGUA